AUGCUAACCCCUCAAACCCUCCAAAAAUUACAAACUGAACAAAAAAAACUAGAUGAAUUUAUUAUCCAGAAAAAAAAAAUAACUGAUGCUGAUGGUAAAAAAAGUUUCAUUCGCACCAAAAUUGCUCUGUUGGUGGAAAUUGAAAAAGUUAAAGAGGAAUUAAUUGAUUGUCUACAUUUCUAUUUAAGUUGGGCGAACAGUUUUCAAAUUGAUUUUGCGGAUUACAAGUUUCAGAAAUUAGCCCCCGAGACUGAUUAUAAUGAACUAUUGCUGGCUCUUUUUUCAGAAACGGAGGCAUUUAGUAUUAAUGUUCCUUGGAAAGUAUUAAAACCAAAAAUGCUUAUCACUCACGAAAAAAGUUGGGAAGACAGCAUAAGCAAAUUAGACCCCAAAACCAAGGACUAUGAAAAAAAAUUGAAAGAUUUCAGAGAAGCGAAAGAAAAAACUAGAAAAGAUAUUGAAAAAUGGAGCAAUCAUUUUUUAGACGGCAUUAACGAAGAAAAAAAUAAAGCCAGUUUCCACCGGUGGCUAAUAAUUUUUGAAGAAUUAGCCCAAAAGUUAGGAAUGAACGAAAAAGAUAUUGAAAAUGCCUAUAUGGCGAAAAAUAAAAUUAAUUGA